AACACCUUUGGUACCUCUAAAAAUGUGCCACUUGAGAUGUGUUUUACUUAUAGAGGUUCAUUUGACAUUAAGUCAGUUAGUUUUGGAACUCUGAAAAGUGUUCCACUAACAGAGGUGUUCUACUUUACACGUUUCAUUGUACUUCAAUUAUACCUCUCUGUGAGGUUGUACAUGUUUAUAGUAAAGUAUGCGAGACCUAUCCAUGUAAUAAAGAGCUGGGCUGACUUUUCUCUUAGUAGGGACUGUGAAAGAAUUUCCAAUGCCUUCAGAUGGGCAUCACCCACAUGGCCAAACAACAAUGUCUUCGCAUUAAUUGCCAUACUUCAAUAUAUUGAAAAAUAUAGAAUACAGCAAAAUCACCU